CCCAAACUGAAAUAACAUGCAAACUCUUUGUAAAAUUAGCUCCCAUAACAUCCAUUCUCUAGGACUUAGCCUAUUGCUAACAAGUGCUUUCGUCACACAUUCAGCAAAGGCUUGUAUUCCCACCAUCGCAGAAGGAGGAAAGAACACAAGAGAAAUGGAAUCUACAUCACAAAUCAACUCUUCAAAUGAUCUGAUUGAUUCACUGUAUCCCGGCACAGCUGUCACCCGUCUUCAAAAUGUUCAGAAGAGAGUGAAAUCCCUAACACCUGAGCAACUGAGUCAGGACUGGGAAACUGUUAGGCGCUCCAUUCUUUGGGCUGGCGGUCUCAGAGAUCUUCCAAAUGUUAGACCUGGAAAAGGCUACACUGGACACUCUUUCAAUGACUUCAAUCAUUGUGAUCUGACCACAAUGCGUGGAGAUGAAGCUGACAACAACAAUGAAGGCAGAGUUGCUGGUAUUGCGUACAACAAUCGUCUGGGAGAAGGCAUCCGUAUCGCUUCCAUCGAAGAACUGGGACCCGGUGGCUCAUGGAGCACUUGCAUGAUAGGGUGUAACAAGGAACCCCCUCAAGAUGUAGCCCACAUCCAGUUCAAAUCGCGGAUCGCUUUCAAACUCGUCUGGACUCCACCAACUUUCAACACAUUUGUAUUAGUGGAUGACAGUGGCUCUCUAUUGAAUUGGGGUACACCUACUGGUACACUGCCUCAUUUUUCUGAAAGAAGACGCAACUUCGAGACAGUAGCUGGAUCCAAGUACGCUGUCGAAGCAGAGCGAAAAGCGGCGGAGAUGCAACGCCAGCAGUAAAGAUUUCCCCUUUAGAUUCUCUUCUUUUCCUCCAUAUAAGCAAAGAAGGUAUUCCUAGUCUGCACUGUGCCCUAAUUGUUCGACCAUCUCUAUAGGAACGACCUUCGUAAACUAUGCUUUAUUCUUCAAAUGAUAUGCACUCAUUUUUUAAACGUUCUGCUUUUGUCUUCUAAAACGUUUGAGCCAUAAACUCUAUAUUAUACAGACAGCUGUCACAA